AAAAAAAAAAAAGGAAGGCUUCACCUGACAUAAGCUUACUUCUCCUUUCCCUUGCCGUUGUUGGAACGCUCUCUGUUUCGUUCACCAAAGGUUUUUCUUGGAUGUGGUGAAGCUUUUCUUCUUUAGGGUUCGCCGGCUGAGUGGGGGAGAAUUCCGAUUUGAUCUCUGUCGGAAUCUGAAUAUCUCCGGAGACAUGGCAUCGAAUCUCCCGAUGAGCCCUGAACUGGAACAGAUCCAUGGCGAAAUCCGUGACCAUUUCCGAGCCCUCGCGAAUGGGUUCCAGAGGUUGGAUAAGAUCAAAGAUUCAACUAGACAAAGCAAGCAACUUGAGGAACUUACUGACAAGAUGAGAGACUGUAAAAGGUUGGUUAAGGACUUUGACCGUGAACUCAAGGACGAGGAAGCUAGAAACCCUCCUGAAGUAAACAAGCAAUUGAACGAUGAGAAACAAUCUAUGAUUAAGGAACUCAACUCUUAUGUUGCACUAAGAAAAACGUAUAUGAGUACCCUUGGCAACAAGAAAGUUGAGCUUUUUGAUAUGGGAGCUGGAGCCAGCGGCGAACCACCUACAACUGAAGAAAAUGUUCAAGUGGCUUCAGCUAUGUCAAACCAGGAGCUUGUUGAUGCUGGAAUGAAAAGAAUGGAUGAGACUGACCAGGCCAUUGAGCGCUCAAAACAGGUUGUAGAGCAAACAAUCGAAGUUGGAACUCAAACUGCAGCUAACUUAAAGGGACAGACGGAUCAAAUGGGGCGUGUGGUUAACCAAUUGGACACGAUUCAGUUCUCUCUCAAGAAGGCUUCCAAGCUAGUCAAAGAGAUAGGCAGACAGGUGGCAACUGAUAAAUGCAUAAUGAUGUUUCUGUUUCUCAUUGUAUGUGGUGUUGUAGCCAUUAUCGUAGUGAAGAUUGUACACCCGAAUAACAAAGACAUUAGGGACAUCCCAGGGUUAGCUCCUCCAGCGCCAUCAAGGAAGCUACUCUACUUGAGGAAUCCAGAGUACAUGCGAAGAUAGAAAGAAAGAAAGAAAUCUCUGUCUGUAUAUUUAUUUACGUGGACUGAGGAUAUUUGCAUCUUGAGGUUCGGUAAUUUGAUCUUCUUUGCUUAAAUUCAUUUGUUUACACUCCAUGAGAGAGAGAGAGAGAGAGAGGAGAGAUUGUGUGGUUUGAUAGUCAUUUGAAUCUUUGUUGUUUUUGACUGGAGAGGGCUGUGUAUAUUUCAUCUUCUGGUAGUAACUUGAUCACUUGUUUUGUAUAAAAUCCAGACCAUGUCAUACUCUCUCUCACGUUCUCAAUAGUGACAUCACAGCUGUAGAAAAUGUCAA